AUGACGCUGUUUGAUAAACAUUGCAAUCCGCAACUGAAUGAGACUGUGGAGCGAUAUAAGUUUUUUGUUAGAGACCAAGGACAAGACGAAAACAUUGACAGAUAUGUCACAGAUUUGAGAGUAUUGGCCAGCACAUGCAAUUUUGGUGACAUUAAGGACUCACUAAUAAGAGAUCGCAUUGUGUGUGGUACACAGAGCCCUGCGAUGAGGGAAAGACUGUUAAGGGAAGAAAACUUAACGCUGGAUAAGUGCAUGCAAAUAUGCAGAGCUACUGAACUGUCAAAAGAGAACAGCAAAACCAUACAAGGUAAAACGGUGGAAGAAAUACAUGCAAUGGAGAAGAAUCCAAAGAGAGACAAAAAGGAGGAGAUUAACUGUAACUUUUGUGGCAAAACACAUGAGAAAAAUAAACACAGAUGUCCAGCCUAUGGAAAGAAGUGUAAGAAGUGUGGAAAAGAGAAUCACUUUGCUGCAAAAUGCAAGUCCAAGUUUGAGAAAAACAAGAGCAGACCGGUACACACAAUUUCAGAAUCAAGUGAGUCGUGUGAGGAUAUCAUGACAAUAACAGACAUCAGUGAAAACCAAGAGACAACAAAUCAAGUGAAAGAAGCACACAGCAAAAGUCAACAUCUCUUUGCAGGUAUGUUGUUGGACAAAAAGCUAGUUAACUUUCAGAUAGACUGUGGUGCUACUUGUAAUGUUAUCCCAAUGCAACUGUUGAACCCAAAUAUACAAUUGGAAAACACAGAGAAAGUACUUGUCAUGUACAACAAAAGCAGAUUACGACCACUUGGAAAAUGUAAAGUCAAACUCCGAAAUCCGAGAAAUGAUAAACUAUAUAGACUUGAGUUUCAAGUGGUGGACCAGGUGGACAGGAUCCCGCUACUGGGAAGAAAAGCUAGUGAAGCCAUGAAAUUGAUCAAAGUACAGUAUGAGAACAUACUGGCGAUUGACAGUAUAGUGAAAACACAAUGUACAGACAAAACGACUGACAACAGUGAGCAGCUGACAAAUAUGGAGAAAAUAAAGGGAGAGUUCGGAGAUGUUUUCACGGGCGUUGGCUGCCUAGAAGGCGAGUACAACAUAGAAAUAGACAAAAGUGUACCACCAGUAAAACUGCCUAAACGCAGAGUGCCUGUUGCAAUGAUGACUCCACUCAAAGAGGAACUAAAGAAUCUUGAAAGCCAAGGAAUCAUAGCACCUGUGGAGCGCAGCACUGACUGGAUAAGCAGUAUGGUGUCAGUGACGAAACAAAAUGGAAAGCCAAGGAUCUGUAUAGACCCCAAACCACUGAAUAGAGCACUAAAAAGGAGCCAUUUUCCUCUUCCAACCAUUGAUGAUGUUCUGCCAGGACUCUCAAAAUCCAAGGUAUUCACUGUUUGUGAUGUAAAGCAUGGAUUUUGGCAUGUCAAGCUGGAUGAAGCGUCCAGCUACCUCACCACAUUCGCAACCCCAUUCGGACGGUAUCGUUGGCUCAGGAUGCCAAUGGGUAUAAGCCCAGCUCCGGAAGUCUUCCAAAGGAAACUCAUGCAAGCACUAGAAGGCUUACCGGGUUUGUAUAUCAUUGCGGAUGAUAUACUGAUCACAGGGGAGGGUGACACACAAGAGGAAGCAGACAAAGAUCAUGAGGAAAACUUGAGAUGUUUUCUAAUGAGGUGUAGACAAAGAGACAUUAAGCUCAAUGCAGACAAGUUUAAACUGAGGAGAGAGUCUGUACCCUACAUUGGACACUUGCUGACAGCAGAAGGCCUCCGCAUUGACCCAGAGAAAGUGCGGGCUGUGCGGGAGUUACCGAGGCCUACAGAUGUUAAGGGGGUACAGAGACUUGUAGGUAUGCUGAACUACCUGUCAAAGUUUUGUGAUCAUCUUUCUGAUGACUGUGAAGUUUUGAGACAACUUACACACAAGGAGAACAUGUGGGAAUGGACUGAGGUGCACGAGACAGCUUUUAAACGAUUGAAAGACAAAAUAACAAAUGCACCACUGCUCAAGUACUAUGACCAAAAUGAGGAGUUAACCCUGCAAUGUGAUGCCUCAGAGACAGGACUAGGAGCAGCCCUGACACAGAGAGGUAAACCUGUGGCAUUUGCGAGCAGAGCGCUGACACCCACUGAGAGGGGUUAUGCACAGAUCGAAAAAGAAUGUUUGGCCAUAGUGUUCGGAAUGGAAAAGUUCCAUCAAUAUACUUAUGGUAGAAAAGUGACUGUUCAAAGUGACCAUAAGCCACUGGAGAAUAUUGUGAGAAAACCGCUACUUAGUGCACCAAAGAGAUUACAAAGAAUGUUACUCAGGCUGCAGAAAUACGACAUUAAUGUGAUCUAUGUGCCUGGGCGAGACAUGCUACUAGCUGACACACUAAGCAGAGCUUAUUUACCUGACAGCAAUCAGGGAGACACAGAGACAGAGCUAGAGACUGUUAACAUGAUUACCUACUUACCAAUCUCUGCAGAAAGACUAUCAGCUAUUCGCGAUGCAACAAGGGAAGACACAAAGUUGCAGGAAGUGAUUAAGUUGAUUCGUAAAGGAUGGCCUCAGAACAAAAAAGACAUUGAGCAAAACAUUCAACACUAUUUUGCUUUUCAGGACGAGCUGAGCUUUCAGAAUGGCAUAGUGUUUAGGGGAGAAAGAGCAGUUAUUCCUGACACACUAAGAGCUGACCUGACCAGCCGCAUACACUCAACACAUCUGGGAGUGGAAGGUUGCCUCAGACGAGCACGCGAGUGUGUGUACUGGCAAGGGAUGACUGAGCAAAUAAAGACGUUUAUUUCCAAAUGUGACAUCUGCAGGUCAAUUGACUCCAAGCAACAAAAAGAGACAUUGCAUCCCCAUGACAUUGCCUACAGACCUUGGGCUAAGGUAGGGACUGAUUUGUUUUCUUGGCACAAUAAAGACUACCUAGUAACUGUGGACUAUUAUUCAAACUUUUGGGAGGUUGAUUAUUUACCGGACACCAAAAGUACCACAGUGAUUCACAAACUGAAAGCACACUUUGCUCGUCAGGGGAUUCCAGAUGUGCUCAUCUCGGAUAACGGACCGCAGUACUCAUCACACGACUUUAAAAGGUUCAGUCAAAAGUGGGAAUUUGUGCACAGAACAUCGUCACCCGGGUACCCCCAAAGCAAUGGAAAGGCGGAGUCAGCGGUCAAAACGGCAAAACGUCUUAUGCAGAAAGCUGCAGCUGCUGGACAGGAUCCAUACUUAGCUCUACUGGACCAUCGCAACACACCGAGCCAAGGUCUCACCACCAGUCCAGCACAGAGACUUCUCAGCAGGAGGACCCGGACCCUUCUUCCUACUAAAGAUACACUGUUGGAGCCUAAAGUGUCAAACAACAAACAGGGACUGAUUAACAACAGACAAAGGCAGGAGAAAUACUACAACCGCACAGCAAAAGACUUGGACUGUUUCACAUCGGGGGACAGUGUUCGAGUCCAACCAUUUGAGCCUUGUAAAACUUGGAAAACAGCUAGAGUGAUUAGACCAGUGAGUCCCAGAUCUUAUGAGGUUGAGUUGGAGUCGGGUGGUGUCCUGAGGAGAAACCGUCGCCACCUCAGACACAACUACUGCCCACCCUCAACAUCUGCACAAACAGGGGUGUUGACAAACUCACAAACUGUAGCUGCUGAAUGUGCUCAGGGUAAUGAUCAAAGCACUGUUACUACGAGGUCGGGUCGUCAGGUCACAAUGCCUAGCUAUUUGAGGGAUUAUUCUAUGUGA